UAUCAAUUCAGACUACAGUCAUGUUACUAAUUAAUUUUUUUUAGGUGAAAUUGAAGAUUUAUGGUUAGAAUUGUUAAGUUAAAUGUGUUCACAGUGUAGCGGUGCAAAGAUGGGUGAACUCUUGGGAAGUCACCACGAUGCUCCCAAAAGCAAAAUCAGAGGGGAUAGGCCUAAAGCAUACAAUAUUUAGGUAAAAACACGUUGCGAUUUUAUAAGUGAUAUCAUAGCCUCUCCGCGUCUUUCUUGAACGAUGGUAGGGUGAGCCUCAACGAGUAGGUCGAGUCCUAAAGAGGGGGUGUAGUGUACCACCUUAUGAAAAUUCCACGUCGACAACGUACAUGAGAGAUCAAUGGGUCAUGAUGAUUGAUUCAACCUUUGUUGAUAAGACGUGUUUUGGGAUAAAUUGGAAGAGUUCUACUAAGAAUACUGAAAUUAAACGUGUUCAGGGUGAACCAGUGCAAAGAUGGGUGACCUCUAUGAAAAUCACCAUGGUGCACUCAAAAACAAAAUCGCGUGAGGCUAAACCUAACGCGGACAAUAUAUUGGUAAGAAAAAUGGUUGGAAUGUUAAAGGCAAUCUCACAUAACAAAAACUAUACACAGUUUGUUAGCAUCGUAGCUAUCUCUAGUCCACAAGGGUAAAUGUUGCAAUAUUUUCUAUUUUACUCUUGUUGUGAAGGGAUAAGUACAAAAUGUCCGAACUUGUUCACAACGCAUAUGUUGAUCCGCUCAGUUCCAAUUAAUGCGUAAUUGACUCGAUAAUCAUCAAUAUAUGUAAGUUAAUGAGUAACAAACCGAGGGUCAAAUGAUCAUAAAGCAUGUCCACAUGGUUUACCAAUUUACUAUGAUUCUUCAUAUGUAAAAGAAUCAUGAAAAUAUGUGUUGUUGUCUUGUGGUAACUUCUUUGUUAAGGGGGGAUUCAUCAACGUCUUUCUUUGUUGUGACUUUGUGAGGGGUAGAUGAAAGAUGAUGGCUGGUCCAGUGGGAUUGGGUGUUGGUGCCUUAGAAGUUACAAGGCCACCAGGGAUAGAGACAGUGUACAUCGCCCACUUACUUAUCAUCAUCGGUGUCCGCAAACCUUGUAUCCGACCGAUCGUUCAAUAAGAAAAUUGUUUAUAGGAGUUUAACCUGAUAGACGGAUCUAGGUGAAUAUGAUAGUUAAACCAUGGUUUCAACACAAACGUAUAUUUACUGAUUUCUCCAAUAUAACAUCUGAUACGAUUGCAAUCCCGACCUACUCUUAGUAUAGGAUGAACAUAAAUAUUGUGAUACUCAUCCCACGUUACCACUUCGCCCUGCAAGAAACCAAUUGACCAAAAAAUUACCCGGUCCUAAUUUAGACAGCUCAUUUACGGGAGGGGUUACGGUGCUAAUUGUACAAUAGUUAGCACCGUCCUAACCAAGAGAAAAACUACUACUAGUUUGAAUUAGUAGUGAUUUAGCUUAGAUAUUGUAUUGAUUUUAUAAUAAUCCGUAAUGAUUUUUGCUAGUUAUCACGGUGCUAACCCCUAUAAGGGUUAGCACCUAAUCCCAUCCCCUCAUUUACCACUAAUUGGUAUACUAAAGGGCACUUAUCUAGAAAAACAAUCCCUAAUUUAGCCCCUGCCUCAGUAACUAACUACUAACUACGGGUGUUGACCAAACGAAAACGGCACCGUUCCGACCCGUUGGUAAAAAGCCAAGAUAGAGGAAGAGGACAAAAGAGCACCCAGUGGCACGUGCAGUAAUUCCUCGGCGAAAACAAGGCUCAAUUGACAAGAUUAUUUUAAAUUAAUCCGGGAAAAAAUCUGAUUGGUUACUGUAGAUAUGAAUUAAUUAAUAAUCACCCUUUUUUAAUAUUUUCCCUUUUGUUUCUCAUUUUUGGUUUUCUUCGCCCCCAUUUCUCAUUGUCAUAAUUAUAUUUAUCAGGCGAUGGAUGAGACGACGGAACGGAUAGAUAGACAGAAAGGAGAGAAAGGAAGGAAAGAGAGAGAGAGAAGCAGUUCUUGGUGACUCACACACGCACACUAACAACAAACCAUAAAAGAGUUCUCUCUGCCCUGCCGAUUCGAAUCUCCUCUUUCCCUUCACCGGCCGGCGAUCGGAGGAGUGUCAAUUGGGGAACUGCUUGCGGGGGAGGAGAAGAAGAAGGAGCGAGAGCUAUUGCGAGAAGUCAACACCUCUCUCUCUCUCUCUCUAUAUAUAUAUAUCUUUCUGCUGACGGUUCUUGGGGGCGGAAAAGUGGAGAGGGGAGUAUUGCGUCCGGAUUAAGGAAACAAGAUGAAUUUGGAGAGAGCGGCGGCGGCGGCGGCGGGGACGGGGACGGCGGCGAAGGGAUACGGGAGCGUGGAGAGCGAGUACAUUCGGAGGCACCACAGGCACGAUCCUAGCGAGCAACAGUGCAGCUCCGUUCUCAUCAAGCACAUCAAAGCUCCGGUUCAUCUGGUUUGGUCCCUGGUUAGGAGAUUUGAUCAACCACAGAAGUACAAGCCAUUCAUAAGCAGGUGUGUAGCGCGUGGAAACCUUGAGAUCGGGAGUCUCAGAGAAAUCGAUGUCAAGUCAGGGCUUCCAGCUACUACCAGUACCGAAAGACUAGAGCUUCUAGAUGACGAAGCACAUCUCCUCAGCAUGCGCAUUGUUGGUGGCGAUCACAGGCUAAAGAACUAUUCGUCGAUUGUCUCUCUCCACCCAGAGAUCCUCGACGGAAGGCCAGGGACGUUGGUGAUCGAGUCGUUCGUGGUGGAUGUGCCUGACGGGAACACCAAGGAUGAGACUUGCUACUUCGUUGAAGCUCUGAUCAAAUGCAACCUGAAAUCGCUGGCUGAUGUAUCUGAGCGACUUGCUGUACAGGACAGGACUGAGCCAAUCAACAGGGUCUGAGAGGGAGAGAGAGUGUGUGAGGCAUUUAUGCUGCUCGCGGCUGGCUGAGAGACUGUAAGAAGAUGCACGCACUAAUAUGAUUGCAGAUGAUGAUGGACGGAUGAAGCUCUGGAUGACUGCUCUCGUGUAAGAUUUGGUUCCAUUCGAGAUGCUGCUGCUGGCUACUGCUGUUUCUUUAACUUACUAUGCUGCUGGGUUCUCCCAGUAGAUGUUCAGUGACCACAUUGCUAUUUUUUUCUUUUAAUCCCUCAUUUUAUGACGCUCAUGAAUCGAGAGAAGAGUGAAAAUGGAAACUCAGCUCCCCUCGUUUUUGUAUUCUUCUUUUUCUUCCCACCAUGUUCAGCGUCUGGUUUGUUCUUCCAGUGUUUCUGUGAGUCGUUGUGUAGUAGUUGCUGUUGAUGUACAUAGCGUUUGCUUGACAUCAGAGCACCUUGCUCUUUGUUUUUUGGUUUGUUAUUAGUGUAAUUCUAGGUUUUAGAGUGUAGUGCGAUUGGGCGAAAACUCGUGGAUCUAGUGUAGAAGCGAACUCUCGUGUUGAAGGUACCUAUGAAAUUUAGCUGUUGAAGAAACUGUUCUUGCUCCUCUUUCUGCAGUUAGCAGCACCUCCUUUCUCUUUGUAUCUCAGCCAGUUUACUGGGAUAUUUGGAGUUGGAUAAAUCGAGGGUAUCGGA